AUGGUCUUUGUCGUUCUCUUUAGCUACAUGUCAUUCGGCAUUGCCCUCUGGUACUCGAUUUCCUGGCAGCAGACUCUGCGACAGCUAUCUGUUCUUCAGAUUGCCGUGAACCUGAUCCCGUUUGGGCUCGCUUCCACCGCCGCCGUCGGUCUUGCCCCCUAUCUCCUCCCCCAGGUCGAGGUGAAGCUGGUCAUGGCGGUUGGCGUUGUCACAUUCAUCGGUGCCGGUCUUCUCCUUGCCACUACGCCGAUGCAGCAGACGUAUUGGAUGCAAGUUUUCCCCGCCAUGCUGCUCAACAGCGUAACGCGCAACCACCACGGCAUCGCUAGCAGCCUCGACGGCAAAGUCAACCUGUACGGCAUCAGCUUGGGGCUAGGAUUCGCCGGUACGAUCGAGGUGGAGGUGGGUAAAAUGUCGAAGUCGUCGCUGGCAGGCGCCGCCGAAACCAUGGAAUCCAUCAUGUCUGGCUUCAAGGUUGCGCUGUACUAG